UCGUCCGCAGUGACCUCUGUCCCUUUAAAUAUUUUAAUUCAUUUGCCGACGAAUAUUGUCUCGCAUUGAUAGCGGCGUUGAUGCGGACUCUGCUGUUUCGGAUCACAGCAGCACUCGUUUUCUAGAAAUUAAAAAGAAAAAUGGCUUUAUUGACGCCUCUCUUCGCGUUUCUGUAUCAUUUGCCGCAGGUUUACAAAUGGCUACUAAAGCCAUACUACAUCUCCUCGUUAUUUAUGUCUGUCGCGUUCCUGCUUGUCCGCAAAACGCCUGGGAUCUGCGAACAUCUUUCGACGCAGCGCGAGGAUGGAAAUUCAUGCGAUUUUGACUGGAGAGAGGUGGAGAUACUGAUGUUUUUAAGUGCUAUAGUCAUGAUGAAGAACAGACGAGCAAUUACCAUCGAGCAGCACGUGGGCAACAUCAUCCUCUUUAGUAAAGUGGCCAAUGUGAUUCUGUUCUUCAGACUGGACAUACGUUUGGGGCUUCUCUACUUGACAUUGUGUAUUGUUUUCCUGAUGAUCUGCAAACCUCCGAUCUACAUGGGCCCUGAAUACAUCAAGUACUUCAGUGAUAAAACCAUUGAUGAUGAGUUGGAGAAGGAUAACAGAGUGACCUGGAUCGUGGAGUUUUUUGCUAACUGGGCACCAGAGUGUCAGUCUUUCGCCUCUGUCUAUGCUGAUCUGUCCUUGAAGUACAACUGUGCAGGGCUGAAAUUUGGCAAAGUGGACAUUGGUCGUUACAGUGAAGUAGCCAAAAAAUACAGGGUCAGCACCUCUCCUCUCUCAAAGCAGCUGCCCUCUCUAGUGCUCUUCCAGGGAGGAAAGGAAAUUAUGAGGCGCCCUCAGGUGGACAAAAAGGGACGGGCAGUAUCUUGGACCUUCACAGAGGAAAACAUCAUCCGAGAGUUUAACCUCAACGAGUUGUAUCAGAAGUCAAAGAAGCUUGGUAAGGCCAAAGGAGAGAAGUUCGAGAGGCCCAGCGAAUCUGUGUUUGCCCCUGUGCCUGAAGAGGAAGAACCGGAGGCUGAGACCAUCACUGCGAUGGACACAGAGAGCAAGAAGGACAAAUAGAAACUGAGGAGACCUGGGAAUCACUAUGGACUGGAGCAGAAUGUGCUAAUGUUCAGUAUGCAGAGAGAAAGAGUUUGUCUGAAAUUAUGGACGGAAUGAUUGUGUUAUCGUUUCUUUUUUGUAUAACGUAUUAAGUGCAAAAUCAGUCCAAUAAUAUAGUAAAUCCUUAUAUUAAUAUGUAUUUAAAUGUCAUAAUCAUUGAUAUACUGGACAUAGACGUCCAAACAGCUGUUA